AUGGAUACCACCGUCGCCAUCCAGAGGGUACGGUCGCGGGAACUGCGCCGCCACCGCCGGCCGCUGCGGCUGGACCCCGUCGACGACGUCCACGAGCUGCAACACCAAACCUAUCGGCUGAUCGUGCUCACGCCCAAGCGGUGGUUCCACGACUGGCACAUCGACGACGAGGCCCAUCAUACCAUCAGCGCCGUCAACGCCAUGGUGCCGCCGCCAGUUCGAAAACACCGCCACGGGCUGACACUGAGCCAUCACCUGCGCCAUACAUUUGAAGUACCCGACGCCCCGCUACCGCAGUAUUACGAUAGCAACUCCCGCAAGGGCAGCAAUGAGACCGGCAAUGGCCUGGUGCUCACCAACGAACGGCGUUCGCUGGCACAGCUGGCGCAACUGACGCAAUCGCGCCGGUCCCGCGAAGAACGUCAUAAAGAACGCCAUCAGCGCCGAGCCCGCUCCCAAGACGGCCGCCGCCGGUCUCGUCGUAAUGAUGACGACGACGCUCAGCUGGUCCGUCUGCGCAGAAGACGUAAUGACGAUGAUAACCAGCUGAUCAGACUGCGCCGACGCCGCAAGGACGAUGACGAUACCCAACUGAUCCGUCUGCGCCGGCGCCACCGAGACGACGACGACAACGUCCUGGUCCGUCUGCGUAGGCGCCAUCGAGACGAUGAUGACGCCCAACUGAUCCGCCUGCGGCGGCGUCAGGACCGCCUGGAGGAGCGGCUGUUGCGCCUGGUGCGCUCAUUCGAGCUGCUUCGACUGGCGGGGAGACGGUUACGGCGAGUGCCGCUGGGGAAGAUUCUCCACGGGGUGAGAUUACCCGCUAUUCCGGCGACCAAAAAAGAAGGGCGUAUCCAAACAUUAACUGGGGCUCAAGAAGUGACCUAUAAACGUCUUUGGGCUGAGAUCCUCUACGCUUGGGGUUACCCGAUCGAUAUCGAUAUCCUGGACAUCGGGUACCUGCUGUGCUAUGUCCCUUCGCUGCUGACGAUGAACCGAGACAAUUACGUGCUUGUGCGCUCGGUGACAAGGGCGCUGGGUAAGCUGACGAAGCUGACGAAGCUGGGGUUCUCGCUCUUCCGCCUGAGAACUAAAGACGACUCGUUGCGACAAGUGAAUACCCAACGGCUGGGGCUGCCGCCGCCAAAUCUGAGACGGAUGAAUGAAAUCAUGUACAGUCGCCACCGCUACGAGCCGAUCGUGUGUCCCACCGAUCCCGUGAUUAACGCCUACGUCAACGUAUUUAAGCUCUCUUACGAAUUCGCCAACGACUAUAUCCCUCUGGAUAACGAGGAUAACGACCCCAGUGACGAUGAAGAACUCCAUUUCGAAGUCGCCCUGUUUGAUCUGUUCAAGACGGCUCAGCUGGAGCCUAAGCCAAGAGUGACCACUCGUACCCCGCCUACUUCGUCAAGUAGUAUGAGAGUGCCGUUGAUCGGCGAGGACUUUAAAGUUUACAAGUACGGCGAUGUCCCCAAGGCGAGAAUGGUCCAGCACCCAGAGUCGAACCCUGACCUUCAACGGUACCCGCCCAUUGUAUUCCAAAAGCAAUGGCUCGCAGCGUGUCGCAAUGAUUUGCCCGAUAACUUUAUCUUACGGUUUGUCAGAGCUCGCAAAUGGGACGUGGAUAAGUCGAUCAAAAUGCUCUCGGAGCUGAUCGCAUGGCGGUUGGAGAACCCGGCUAACGACUGGCUCUUUGAAGGUGACGGCCCUCUGUACCUCCAAGGCCGCAACCAAGGGAUGAUCCGCAAUUUCACCCGCGAGAAGCUGUGGGUAUCGGGUGUUGACCGUGAGGGUUGUCCCAUUUUCUGGUUCCAAGCUCGUAAACACUUUGGCCUGGACUCUCCCGCUCCCGAGACUGAGCGGUACGCGGUACUCCAGAUCGAAUGGGUGCGUUUAUUCUUGCAGGAAGUGUCUGAUGGUGUCGACAACUGCUCCAUUGUGUUUGACUUAACUGGGUUUACCCUUAAAAACGCUGACUACUCGGCAAUUAAGUUUUUGGCGGUGGUAUUUGAAGCCCACUACCCUGACUGCUUGGGACGGGUGGUGAUCUAUAAUGCCCCCUGGAUCUUCUCCACUGUGUGGAACAUCAUCAAGCACUGGUUUGACCCCGUGGUGGCGGCUAAGAUCCAUUUCGCCAAAAACUACCAGGAGCUUAAAGAACACAUCGACCCCAUCCACAUCCCCACUGAGUACGGGGGUAAGUCCGUCAGUGCGCCCGAGUACCCCGUGCCCAUGCCGGGCGAUGACCGCCCCCCGUUGAAAAAAGACGCCGAGUACCGCCGGUUGCGUCUUGAGCGUGACUGGCUUAUCAUGAAGUUUUUGACGGCGCUGGUAAAAUGGGUGGAGGCGAUCGACCCCGACGAGCUGGAGCGCUACCUACAGGAGAAGAUUGCGUUGAACAUCGCCAUCUCUGAGAACUACUGCAAGUUGGACCCCUACAUCCGCUGUCGCGGCAUCUACGACCGUAACGGCACCUUAAAAGUUAGAAGUUAG